GACAGAGCGACGUGGGAGCGUGGGAAGUUGGCAAUUUUGAGAAAUUUCGAGGCAAUUUCUUAAUUCUCCUUUCCACACGCUAUCCGUGUGACUUCACCACUCUCAUUUUCCGGCUACGGUCGCUUUCGAAUUUUCCGGCAUCCACGGCGUUGCAGGAAUUUGUCUCUUGCAGUUUGUUUUUGGCGACAUUGGCUGAAUCUCAGUUCUCCGGCAGAGGCGUCAUCUCUCCUGCGACUAAGGAACGGAAUCGAGAGAAUUGAGCAUGACUGAAGAAAUCAGGUACAAGAAGGACGGGUUCGACCUCGAAGCGGGGAGUAGCCGGCGCGAUUAUCCCGAGGAUGAAGACGACGGCGAUGGACCGUUCGACAUUUUUCGGACGAAGAGUGCUCCGGUGCACCGGCUGCGGAGAUGGAGGCAAGCCGCACUUGUCCUAAAUGCUUCAAGGCGAUUUCGUUAUACAUUGGACUUGAAGAAAGCAGAAGAGAGAAGGCAGUUAAUUGCUAAGAUUAGAACACAUGCUCAAGUCAUUAGGGCUGCUGUCUUGUUCCAAGAGGCGGGCAGAGGACUACCUGGUGCAGUAACUUCAACUUUACCAUUGAGUCCUACUCAAAAUUCUGAUUUUGGCAUCAGCUCAGAAGAGCUAGUUGCAAUAUCCAAGGAGCAUGAUCUUUCUGUUUUGCUCAUAAAUUUUCUCAACCGUGUUCUCAUGCCUAUGGGUAUCAAAGAAGGCUGGUAUGAUGGAGGAAGCAUUGCCUUGGCAGUUAUUAUAGUCAUUGUUUUUACAGUUGCAGUUGCGACCUCUUUGCAGCCUACUUGA